UAUGAAACAAAUUUAAUCAUUCCUUUUAAUACAUUUUAACCACAUUUUUAAAAAAAAAUCUACUAUGUAAAUGUAGAUUUUAUUAAUUGCCAGUUGUGGCUACAGGAAAUUGUCCAAAGUCAGCUCCUAUAACAUUACAAUAUUGACGCCCAACUAUGAAAACACAAAAGAAUUAACAGCUGAGUAAAUGUGACAUGUUUAACACUAACUGUUACAUAACAGGGCUAUUACAAGCUUGUUAUGAAGUGGAGCAGAUCAUGGCUUAAAGGUUAAAUCCACUCAUAACACAGUUACUAAGAAUUUUCUCUUUUGUUUGUGAGGCUAAAGCAAUUUUACAGAAUUAGGUGUGUGUUAGUUCUCUUACAUCAUAUAUACUGGGUUAUCAUGCCAGAGUAAAUGCUGAAUAAAUUUAGCCUAUUGUGACCUGGUGAUGUCUGUAAAAUAAAUACAUUAUUUUGAGAGAAUCAACAAAAGCAGAAAUAUUAAGACGUUAUCAUUAUUGAGAGUCCUUGACACUGGCUAUGUCUUUAAGUGACAGCAGGGAAUGUGUUUUAAAAGUGUGGCAUGGUGUAGUUGUUAAAUAAAACACUAACCUGUGUGCUUUAAGUGCUUUCACUCUGACCUACUUACAUACUGCUUUACCCCUGAUAGCAUGAUUAAAAGCUGCUUUGAAACCGUGAUUCCCUCCGGGGAUUUGAGACUGGGAAGAAUAUACUGCUCGGAAGGCAUAAGUCAGCUAGAAGGCUUCCCUCUGGUUUCUUCCAGCUAAUUCACAUGUAAUUGAAAACAACAUAAAUAUUUAAGCAACUAAGUAAAACAGUAAGAGCCAGUACAACAAACAUGACUUGGAACGAGGUGUUGUAAAUGACAUUUUUAACAAAUAUGCAUACUGUUCUAUUAAACAAUAAACAGGAAUGACAAAGACUAAAAAAAAAAAAAAAAAAGAAAAAAAACACCAGAGUACAAUAAUACUUUAUUCUCUUUGGAUCACUAAACCUGAAAAUGGUGCCGUUUUCUUGUUUUGCAUAGCAGUUUAGUUUGCAAUAGUUAGUAAUUUACUAUAAAAAAAAAAAAAAAAAAAAAAAAUCAAAGCGUAAACAUGCAUUUCUAUACCUCUCGGUUCCAGAGAGCAUUAAUUUAAAUCAAGGAACUGGAAUAAAUGCGAUAUAUUAUAUAAACAUUUUAUUUUUAAAAAGCCACUAAACUUCGAUAAAACUGCUGAUGCGGCGUUUCUUGAUCAACGCUUAUUUUUAGCUUGCAAUUUAUUGACAUUGAGAACGAUAAAUGGUUAAUUGCAACCGCAGUACCGAGGAGCCACGCCUACCAUUUCUGCACCUGGUGUUCUACAGUUGCCUCGGCAGUAGGGAUUUCGGUGGGGAUUGGAGGAAAAUGAAGGGGGAGAGAAUGUGACAACUGCAGACUCUGGCUACUGCCUUGGGGAGGCCUCCCGCACCUGUCCCUGUCCGUCUCUUGGUCAGCUCAGUUUUGAAUCAGACAAGCGCAGAUACUGUUACUUGCCAGACCACAGCGGCGUGCUCGGAAAAAAGAACAUGACUUCUUCAUUUGAUCUGGAUUUUCUUCCAGAAAUGAUGGUAGAUAGCCGUUUGAUGGGUUCUGAUAGAAUUAACGGCACUGCUAGCAAGAUGAAUGGAGCACUAGAGCACUCAGACCAGCCAGAGCCAGACGCCAUUAAAAUGUUUGUUGGACAGAUCCCUCGCUCAUGGUCAGAAAAGGAGCUAAAGGAGUUGUUUGAACCAUAUGGUGCAGUCUACCAGAUUAAUAUCCUCCGAGACAGGAGUCAGAAUCCUCCCCAGAGUAAAGGUAAAGGCUGCUGUUUUGUAACGUAUUACACAAGAAAAGCUGCCCUUGAGGCUCAGAAUGCACUGCAUAAUAUUAAAACCUUAACUGGGAUGCAUCAUCCCAUUCAAAUGAAACCUGCAGAUAGUGAAAAAUCGAAUGCCGUGGAAGACAGAAAAUUGUUCAUAGGAAUGGUUUCAAAGAAGUGUAAUGAGAAUGAUAUCAGAGUGAUGUUUUCCCAGCUCGGUCAAAUCGAAGAGUGCAGAAUUCUGCGGGGACCCGACGGGCUCAGCCGAGGCUGUGCGUUUGUCACGUUUUCUUCAAGGUCAAUGGCACAGAAUGCAAUCAAAGCCAUGCACCAGUCUCAGACCAUGGAGGGUUGCUCUUCUCCAAUUGUGGUGAAGUUUGCUGACACUCAGAAGGAUAAGGAACAGAGACGCUUGCAGCAGCAGCUGGCACAACAGAUGCAACAGCUCAAUACUGCCACCUGGGGGAACCUCACUGGACUUGGAGGACUUACACCACAGUACUUGGCACUCCUCCAGCAAGCCACCUCUUCUAAUAACCUGGGAGCCUUUGGCGGCAUUCAACAAAUGGCAGGUAUGAAUGCUUUGCAGUUACAGAACCUGGCAACUUUAGCAGCAGCAGCUGCAGCAGCAGCACAAAACUCAGCAGCAACUUCGAAUGCAAACCCUCUCUCUGCAACCACUAGUGCCCUUGGAGCACUCACAAGUCCAGUCGCUGGUACGCCAAACUCCAGUGCCGGGGCUGCCAUGAACUCCCUCGCGUCCCUGGGAACCCUACAGGGACUGGCUGGAGCUACUGUGGGAUUGAAUAAUAUAAAUGCACUAGCAGGCACCGUUAACAUGCCCAACAGUUUCUCCACCCAUCUAGGUAUGGCGGCCCUUAAUGGAGGACUUGGUGCAACAGGGUUGACAAAUGGGACGGCAGGCACCAUGGAUGCUCUGAGCCAGGCAUACUCAGGAAUUCAGCAGUACGCUGCAGCAGCACUUCCAACCUUAUACAGCCAGAGUCUGCUCCAGCAACAGAGUGCAGCAGGCAGCCAGAAAGAGGGGCCAGAAGGUGGUAACCUGUUCAUUUACCACCUUCCCCAGGAGUUUGGAGAUCAGGAUAUCCUGCAGAUGUUCAUGCCUUUUGGAAAUGUUGUCUCUGCUAAAGUCUUCAUUGACAAACAGACCAAUCUGAGCAAGUGCUUUGGUUUUGUUAGCUACGACAAUCCAGUCUCUGCACAGGCUGCCAUUCAGGCGAUGAACGGCUUCCAGAUCGGCAUGAAGCGCUUGAAGGUUCAGCUUAAGCGCUCCAAGAAUGACAGCAAACCAUACUGAUCUUAGCACUAGAAGUUUACUGCCGUUAUCUUAGCUUUGCUAGGACAUCUUCAUGCCUGUUAGUUCAUCGUUUGCCUAGCAUGUCCUGUGGCGUCCAAAAAAACAAAAAAGUGUCAUCGUCCCGUCAUUGUUUCUGAUGUCUUUCUGACCUCACAUCAUAACUUGGUCCGCCUACUGACCUUUGACCUAGUUUGACCUUUGAAUUUGCAUGUGACCUCAUCUAGCUAUGAUUAUUGGGAAGUUAAUGUGAAAGCAUAGCUGCAUUCAUACAAGACUGAAACUUUAGGGAAAAAAAAUAACAGUAGUGGAAAAAAAAAAAAAAACCUGUUGCAAAAUGUUUUUGUUUUUGUUUGUUUUGGUUUUCUUUCUUCUUUCAUUAAAGCAAACUUGAAAGUAUUAUACAGGGAUUGGCAUUCUGCCUGGUUUCUGGUACCAAUAGCAAUAUGUGUCCAGGAGAAAGGAAUGGCAGUUUCUAAGUUAAACAGACUACUUCCGCACAGUUUGAAAAAAAAAAAAAAAGAAAACUGUCUGAUUAAAAUAUAGAAUCUCUCUUAAAGCUCUGUAAUAGUUUUUACAUUUUUCAGGCAGUGUAAAGUUUUUUGAUAAGGCCAUUUUAAGUGGCUCACUUUCUCAUUAAAACUAUAUAUAGAACAACUUUUUUCUAGAAUAGUUUAAGGAAAAAAGAAGAUUUGCCCUGUUUUGGGGAAAAUGCUACCUACUUGUGUCACCCUUUGCUGAACUGAUUCACAGUUAGACAAUCCGUGGUUAAAUGCACAUGAAAUGACCUAUAUUUUCUACUGGUUAAAUGUAUAGAGAAAAAACUGUAAACCGUGUUAACGUUGGUGCUUCUUGUGAUUAAGUUGUGGUAUCAUCACGAGUCUUAAGGUCUAAGUGUUUCAUGUUUUUAAAGACAAGAUAAAAAAUUGGUUUACUUGAACAAUAGAAGCCUUUUUUAUUUUAUUUUAUUUUAAGCAAGUCGUAUUUGCUAAAUUUCUUGUGGAAAAUAAAUUCCUAAAAAAAAAAAAAAUGUGUGUAAGCUUGUGAAGCAUUGAUGUCAUUUUUUAUUUCUAUUGUGGGAAAACGAUAUAAAUGUGUGUUAUUGUUCAGCAAAAUGUGAUUUUUUUUUUCUUUAAAGAAAACUUAAAUCAGUGGAAUUUAGUGCCAAAUUCCAAAGGUACUUCCUGCCUAGAGCUUCAGUGUGUUUCUUGUGAAAGGUUAUUUGAUAACAUGGGUAUUUUAUUACUUACGUGUUUUGUAUGAAUCCCUCAUAUUUAAGAAAAUAUAUAGAUUUAAAAAAAAAAGUUUGUUAACUUGCUAUUCUGUGAUCUUGUUGCCUGAAAUUGCUAAUGUUUGUUAUUUCUCUUUUUGCUUUUAUGUAAGGUGUAAAAGUGCCCAUGUUUUGCUUUUUUGAACAUCACACAGUAGUUCUGUGAAAGGAAACCUCACAAUCUACUUUCUUUUAAUAUAAUGUAUGAAAAAAAAAAACCCUAAAGGUGAGAAUCUCUAAAGCCUCCUAUCAGUUCUUCUCAAAGUCUUUAGUAAAACAACCCUUGCUAUUCGUGUUGACACUCUGCUGUUGGAGUUUCAUAUGUUUAAUCACCAGCCAACAGAGGGCCCAAGUCAAAGCUAAGAAGUUUCUACCCUUUUCUUUAAAUUAAAAACACCUUUUUUGUUGUUGCUUGUGUUUUUACAUGAGCUACAGGUGCUGCUUUGUUUGAGGUCUAAUAUCUUGUAUUCUGCCUCUUAAUAAAAUGAAAAAACUGAACCGAUUUUUAAGUCAAACAAAGGUGUUGGGGUAAGCCUUUAAAAUGCAACCGUAUUAAUGUGACACUGAGCCUUACUUUAACUUAAUUGCCUCUGCUGUUGUCCAGGACAUGAAGGAUAAAUUAGUAUCUGCUUAUGUUCUUCAGGGACAUAGUCAGUAUUUCUGAAAAUUUUAAGUCAAGAAACUAUGUUCACAGUUAAGAAUGAAUCUUGUUGGCUCAAUUAAAAACUAUUAGACAUUUAAAAUGCAUUGCAGCAGAGUACAGAUGAUUAUUUAAAAGGUGAAUGCUGUUUGACUUUUCUAAAUGCAGACAAUGGUUUGAUACAUUUCUGACAAAGCAGAUAGAGCAUUAACACAAUCAAAGCCAACCUUUGUACAUCUUAAGCACAAUUUCAUUACAAGAUAGCAUCUAAAUGUUUAUACAAAUAUUACAAUUAUGUGUUACAAUUAAGGUUUAACUACCAAAAUUCUUACAAUGAAACUCCUUCAGUGGUUAUUUUAUUUUGUUUGCAUUUUAGCUUGUUUAUUUAAUUUCUUUUUUAGUAUGGCAGAAAGUAUACAGUUGAUCCUUUUUCAGUUAUGUCAGGUAAUGCAUAGAGUCAGUUGAUCUAAAUAUGGGCACAUAAACGAAGUCAAGAAUAUAUUUUGUUGGUUUUUCUUGAUAAGUAAACCCAAGCAAAACAAACAAACAAAAAAUGGUUCCAGGACACUUUCUACAGGGAUUAACCUACUUUCUAAAUGUUACAGCAUAUUGUAUAUAUAAAAAUGUAUGAAAUUCAUCUUUCUGA